AUGGGCCACGGCUCCGGCAGCGCGGAGCUGGGUAUGGCCGCACCGCCUGGCUCUUCCGAGUGUCCGGGGCCGGAGAGGGGCGGGGGAAACGGAGAGAUCCCCACCGUUCCCCACCUGGCAUUGGCGGUGGAUGAGGGGGACGUGGUGCCCGCGUUGCGGCUCAUGCGGGAGCUGAGACCCGGCUGGGAGCCGGCCAGGGUGAAGACCAAGCUUUUCACUGAGGGCAUCACCAACAAGCUGGUGGCUUGCUACACUGAUGAGGGGAUGGAGGACGCAGUGCUGGUCCGGAUCUACGGCAGGAAAACGGAGCUUUUUGUGGACAGAGAGACAGAGCUGAGGAAUUUCCAGGUUCUACGUGCCAUGGCUGUGCCCCCGAACUCUAUGCGCUUUCAGAAUGGACUCUGCUAUCAGUUCCUGCCAGGCAUUGCCCUGGGGCACCACGUGAAGGACCCCCACAUCUUCAGGCUGGUGGCCCAGGAGAUGGCCCGGGUACAUGCCAUCCAUGCCAAUGGGAGCAUCCCCAAGCCCAUCCUUUGGCAGAAGAUGCACAAAUACCUCACCCUUGUGAAGACGGAUCUCAGCCCAAAGGUAUCCAACCCCAGCCUCCAGCAAGACAUGCCCAGCCUGGAGAUGCUUGAAGAUGAGCUGGUCUGGAUGAAGGAAACCCUCUCCAGUUGGGGUUCCCCAUCGUGCUUUGCCCACAACGGACUCCUCUGCAAGAACAUCAUCUACAAUGGGACACAAGAACGUGUUCGGUUCAUCGACUACGAGUACAGUUACAACUAUCAGGCUUUUGACAUUGGAAACCACUUCAAUGAGUUUGCAGGUGAGUUGGAGGUGGAUUAUGGGCUCUACCCCAGCAAGGAGACUCAGCUGCAGUGGCUGCUCUCCACCCUGCAGGCCUACAACAGCUCAACCCAGGGGCAGCAACCACAUCCAGAGGUGACCAAGGAGGAGCUGGAGGCUCUCUAUGUUCAAGUGAACAAAUUUUCUUUGGCAUCCCAUUUCCUCUGGGCAUGCUGGGGGCUGAUCCAGGAUAAAUACUCUACCAUAGACUUUAACUUCUUAAGAUAUGCAAAGCUAAGGUUUAAACAGUACUUCAAGAUGAAGCCAGUGGUCACAGCCCUGCAGAUUUCUAAGUAGCAUCUCCAGCACACAAGCCCCUGAGCUAUUUUUUUUAAUUAUUGUUAUUAUUUGGUCCUUGCUGCCUCCACAGCUCUUGCAUCCCCCUCGCCCCUACCCCUCCCCAGCCGUGGGGGAGGGCAGGUCCUGAUGGUGGGAAGGGGGGGAAAAAAAGGAGCUCUGACCCAGCCACCGAUUAAAGGAGACCCUGGACAUACCUGAGACUGGACCAUGAGAUGCUGAGAGGACCACGGCCUUGGAGAGGCCCCUGACUCCACAAGGAAAACCUUUGCCAUUGCCUUAACUCGGUGCCCAACAGCUCUCUGCUGUGCUGGCACUGCUGCUGCUGGGCCAGGCACCAGCUUUGCUCCCUCUGUGCUGUCCCCAAGGGGAGUAACGAGUCCCCCCAAUCUGCUCAGGAGCCCCCAGAGCUGCCCAGCUGCACCCCUUGUGCCCCUCACCUUGGCUGCUCCCUCCUGCCCUGCCUGGGGGUCUGGGGUGCCCACCCCAGACCAUCCUCACUCCUAGGGCAGUGCUGACCCUGGACUUGGGACUGUCACUGCCCACAGGACACUUUUUCCAUGAGGAGUGGGUGCUGCUGUGGUCCAGCUUUGGGUGCUGUGAGCCACCUGGGCUCUGCUUCUCCCCACACCUCUGGAUCCUCAGCUCCCAUCAGGGCUUCCCCUGCAGCUGCCUGAGCAAGGGUCUCCCAGCUUUGCCUUCCCCAUCUCCCCCAGGGACAGGGGGGUCUGUUCUACCCCCACAUGGGCACCAUCCUGUUCUCCUGUCUUGGCUGUGUCCCCAGAUGGGACCUCCUGGCAGGAGCUUGGAUGGAGCCCCCCCCAGCCCCAUGCACAGCUUCAUCCCCUGCCAGCAUCUGGCUGCUUCCCCCAGCACAAGCUCCAUGAUGAGGGUGAUCUGGACCUGCUGAGCACUGCCCAGCUCAUGACUGGUUUGUGCAGCAGCUUGGGGGGUGGAAUUGGGCCCCUUCUGCCCCUGCCUUGGCUGCUCAGCCAGUGGCAUGGGGACAAGGUGGCUGUCCCCUCUGCAGGGGCACAGACCCCACCCCAGCAGGAACCAGGACUGGUGUUUCAUCUGCUCUUUGUUUUGGUGCAAAAUAAAGCUGCUGGUUGCUGGAAA